AUGCCGCAUUCUCGCUGUAUCUCACCAUCCACGGAGGAUUUGAUUGGCUGUCGCUGGACGUGCCGCCGAGCUGAAGUGGACGGGCUGCGAAUUAUCACGCCUUCGUCGGUCCUGCUGCUUCGCCAGAACCACUCGCGCGCGCUGAUCAUCCCGUCGCAUCUGCAGCUCGCGAAGCGCUAUUCGCUCUACCCCGACUUCUUCAUCCACAUCUACGACGAGUUCCAGAAAGGAAACGAAUCGGUCACGCAGGAAUACGCGGAAAUCCCUGCCGAUAUGUUCAUCGCCGUCAUUCAGCAGCUCCUCUCUUACUGCGAGUGGGACAACUUCAGUCCUCAAAACCCCGAGCUUCUCUCCGCGCUAAAGCUCGCCAUCCGCUUGCUGCCCAAGCAGUCGCAGAUCCAUUCCCUGUGCAACGCGCUGUACUUCACCUGCUGCAACGUGAAGGUCCUCAACAAUCUCCGGCUGGAAGGAAUGCCGAUGACCAUGGAGGAGUUCCGGAAUCUCUCCUUCCCCGUGGUGAUUUCGCGGCUGCUGCUGCAGAACAAGCACUUGGUGGCGCUGAGCAUCUGCGAUGUCUACAACUCGCACAGCAACAAGCAGUAUCAGCAAGAGAAGGACAACUAUUUCGACGAGUUCCGCGGAAUCAUCGCGAUGGACUGGGCCACAAAGAAGAUCCAAAACUCCACAGAGAAUUCAGAGCAGCUCGCCACGAUGGUGUUUACCAACAUUCUGAAGGUCGGUCGCGUUCCGAUCAUCCCCAUCAUUCUCAACAUCUACGACAUUCGCCCCGAUCUCGCGAUUUCGCUGCUGCUUCUCGAGCCCAACGACAGCUUAGCGAUCGCUUGCCUUCUCAAGAUCGAAGAAUACCACGAAGUGGAGCUUGUAAUGCGCUGCGUCGAGCGGACGAAACGCGCGAUCCAGAGCUCGUCUUCGCACAUGGCGAGUCGCGAAGAAUGGUUCGAUUUGAUCUGCGAGAGCGAAACGGCGGUGGAUUUGUUCCUCGAUUACUACACGGAAGUGGAGUUCUACGAUCUGGUGAUCGAGUUCUACAACCACACAGCGCGGUAUCGCGACGAGUUCUAUCAGCUGCUGUACAACGCGGUGUACGACGUGGACUCGCUGAAUAAGAACUCGAUGUUUGAAUUGGACGAAGUCGAGAAGGUCGAGGCGAAAAUGUUCGAUCUCCAGCGAUGCGUCGAUCUGCUUCUUCCCGGCGUAAACGACUUCGAAGUCUCGUGCAUCAAGAACCAAAUGACUUUAUACAAGGUCCAGACGCAGCUGUCAACCUCGAUUCUCAACUAUUCCCUUUAUAACACGAUCACAAACCUUCUCGCGCGUCGCCAUGAAGACAGCGAUCGGCAUGCCGCCUAUCUCAAGCAGCAAUACGCCAUCACGGACGUUCGGUACGAUAUUCUGAAGAUCUACGGACUGGCGAAGGUGGGAAGUUGGGAGGAGAUUCGUCACAUCUACGCGGCGCGCAAGAACAUCGUGCCCAUCGAGUGCUUCUUGCAAGUCGUGCUGGGGAAGAAGGCGUACAACGAGGGAGAUUACUAUCUGAAGGUGAUGAAUGUGAAGGAUUCGCCGGCACUCGCGCUGCAUUAUGCCUUGUUGCUGAAUCAAUGGACGCUGGCGACGCAGUUGGCGGUGCAGCUUAACGAUUAUAGCAGUAUUAUUAUUAUUAUGGACAGUGUGGGAAAUGAUGUGCCUGGAAUUCGAAUGGAGUUGUUCAAUUAUAUUCGGAACAGCGGAUACGAGCGAGAAAGUCCCUUCGUGAACGAUGUCAAGUUCCAUCCAGUGCUGAAGGCUAAAAAGUCGUUUGCUAGCGGAAUCCUUGCGGCCUUCACUAGUUCCGAUAGCUCUGCCGCAGUGGUUGCCGAUGAGAAUGCACCGGAUUCGCAAACUGCACAGCCAGCACCUGCUACGCAGACAUCCACCGCAGGUGGUUUGUUUAACAAGUUAAAGAAACAAGUAACAUUGAAGUUGCGUGAGAGCUACAAACGGGAGAGUUACCACGAAUUCUCCAAUUCACUCCAAGUCUGGUCCCUUUGGCAAACGAACGCUUGCUCAUUCAUGAUCAUUUUGAAUAAACCACCCUGCCGCCAACUUGCACCGUUGCUGAAAUCGAUAACGGCUACAACAACAAUUUCAAGUAGAAAGGGAGUGAUAUUCUAA